CUCAACUCGCCUCUUCUUUGCUUCCUCUUUCUCCUUCUUCCUCUGACCUUAACUUUAUCAAUCUAAUUCUUUCCUCUCCCACAAUCGUUCUCUCUUUUCCUUUCUCCUUCUCUUACCCCUUCCCCAUCCUUUCUUUGCCCUUCUUGCCCUGCUUUUCCCCUACGAUCCUCUAAUUUUCUCCAAUCUUGUCCUCCUCCUUCUAUUUUCUAUUCAUCCUUUUCCUUCUCCUCUCCUCAUCUCUCUGUCUUCUCUCCUCUGUCUCUUUGUAAAUUCAUUUAAGGGUAAUUGCUUCCAGCAGACUUUUCUCUCAGUCCGUCACGCUGCUCUUCGUCAUGUGAUGACACUGUGUGGGCUUGUUUUUGGGGCCCUGUGGACUGCUACUCUGCGUAGGAAAGGCCUGACACUGCAAAUGGACCAGCCCAACAGCUAAAAUCUGUAGUUUGGAGCCUGUGUGACCACGCCUGCUACUACAGCCAUGAGAUUUUCUGCCUUGUAGAGAGAAACCCUCCUACUGUUUGCUGUUUUGGACUCCGUGACAGAAUUCAUAAAUGGCUGAAGAAGUUUUAAUUCCAUCAUCAGGGCUAACCUCAUCGCACCUGACCAGUUCUCUGUUGGCUGUAGCAUUCCUUUCCUCCUUCGGGAGCUCCAUGCUUUAUGGCUACAAUCUGGCGGUGGUCAACUCCCCUGCUGUGUACAUAAAAGACUUCUACAACAAGACGGUGGUGAGUCGCAAUGGAACAGGACUCAGUGGAGAGACCCUGACCCUCAUGUACUCUCUCACUGUGUCUGUCUUCGCUAUCGGAGGCCUGCUGGGUUCCCUCGUUGUGGGCAUACUGGUCACUCGCUUCGGCAGGAAGGGAACAGUGGUCAACACAAGUGUGCUGGUGUUUAUUGCUGGUUCACUCAUGGGCUUCAGCAGGAUAUGUGGCUCACCUGAGAUGGUCAUCUUUGGCCGCUUCAUCACAGGCAUUCACUCAGGCAUCGCUUUAAGUGUAGUACCAAUGUACUUGGGUGAGAUUGCGCCUAAGAACCUGAGGGGCUUCCUCGGUCUUGUUCCCAGUAUCUUUAUCGGAACUGGGGUCUUUGUUGCCCAAAUCCUCGGCCUGCACGAGCUCCUAGGAAAGGAGGAGCACUGGCCCCUCUUCCUCUCAGUGGUGGUGGUACCCACUUUCAUCCAGUUGAUGUUGUUGCCGUGGUUCCCAGAGAGUCCUAGGUACCUACUGAUUGAGAAGCACAACGUCCACGCCACCAUCACAGCUCUAAAGUGGUACAGAGCCAAGUGUAACAUCCAGGCUGAGAUUGAGGAGAUGCAGGAGGAGCAGCGCUCCUUGUCGUCAGUGGAAACGCUGUCAGUUUGGAAACUGUUAUCGGAUGACACAGUCCGCUGGCAAGUGCUGAGUGUGGUGGUCAUCAACAUUGGCAUGCAGCUGUCCGGCAUUGAUGCAAUUUGGUUCUACACCAACGACAUCUUUCAGAAUGCAGGUAUUCCAGCACCAGAGAUCCAGUACACCACAGCAGGAACAGGAAUUAUAGAGAUCAUCGCUGGACUCAUCGGGUGUUUUACCAUAGAGAAGUUGGGCAGGAGGCCUCUCAUGAUAGGGGGUUUCGCCAUGAUGGGCGUCUGCAGUGGUGGAAUCACAUUAGCCCUCCUUUUACAGACUCAUUUACCGUUCAUGCGCUACGUCAGUGUCUGCUGUGUGGUCGGCAUCAUCGCUGGAUUCUGCAUCGGACCAGCUGGCGUCCCCUUCCUGAUCACAGCAGAGCUGUUUAAACAGUCCCAUCGCCCAGCAGCUUACAUCAUAGGAGGGUCACUUAACUGGCUUUCCAAUUUCACUGUGGGCUUCGUCUUCCCCUUUUUACAGAUGUCAGCAGGGGCUUACUGCUACUUGGUUUUCGCCACCAUUUGCAUGUUUGUCGCUAUCUACGUCUAUAUCGUGAUCCCAGAGACCAAAAACAAGACCUUCAUGGAGAUCAGCCGCAUGUUCAGUAAGAAGGAGGCAGUCCUAGAAACCCAGGGUCUGCUUCAUGUCGAUCAGCUGAAGCUGAAGAAGAUGAAUGGCUACGGUGGUAUGGAACAUGCUUCACUGGAGUUUGACAGCUCGUCUUCUUAACAGAGCUUCAGCUUCUCACUGAGAUGACAAAGCCCUUGAUUACUGCGAUAUGUACCUUUUAACUAAACUACACCUCACUUGUAUUUAGAGGAUUCCAGUUUAGUGAAGCUGGACUCCCCACUUGAACCACAAUCAGGUUAAAAACACUGUUAUAAAACAGUAUAGUAUGCAGUCCUGCUAUUUGCAACUUCAUCAGCUUCGUGCUUUAGUUUAAGACAAAAAAAUCCAGUUUUCCAUCAUUGGUUUGGUCUUUUUUCCCCAAAGUUACAAUGUAUUAAUUGUAUAGCUGAAAUCUGUGACAUAGAGUGUGACAGAACAAGAAACAUAAGCAGUCAAAGUACUUGGCAGGUGGGAAAUAGACCUGACGAACUUGUUUGGAGAGAAAAGCCAUCACAGUUUAUAGAUUCGCUUCCCUCUUCAUCUGUACUGUACCAGUUGUGGUUUAGUUUUCCUAAACUAAGGGGAGUGUUUAAAGUGCCUUCAUCUUCAUUUUGACUUCCAAGUGAAGUGAAUAAACUGCUAGACUGAUUGUUUUCAUAACGUCAUUGUGUGUCACCAUGCCACUGCUCCAAUGUGUCAUUCAUAAUUAUUUUGGUGAAUACACUGUUAGAAAAAUUGUCAGGAAUGAUGGACAAAACUUCAAAAAAUUGAAUGUCAUUAUUAUUAUUAUUAUUAUUAUCGUUGUUGUUGUUGUUGAAUAAUAGACUGUUUAGUCACACAUAAAACCAUGUGCAAUCUUCAGGCAUCAGAUAGGGAUGACCACUCAGAGCUAUGCAGGCACAAAGAAGGUUGGGUGCACCAUCUUUGCACAUAGUUUGCAAAUUACAUUCCUGAAAUUAAGCAAAGGUGCCAGCUUGAACGCAUGAGACUGACAUGAGCUGCUAGAGGUUAAUGUACAGAAAAAAAACAAAUCUCUAGUUGACAUAUUUCUUUGAUCAUCAUUAUAAAUUUUACACGCCUUAGCCACUGCUUCCUCCUUCUCUGUAUGUAAACUGUGAUAAAUAUUUACACCACAUUUGGAUAGUUUGGCUUUCCAAAAGCUAAAAAAUUAAAGAAAGAAAGAUCAGACUGUAAUAAAAUGUUUUUCUCUCA